AUGGACCCAAUCUCCAUCACCAGUCUAAUCCUGGAUGUCAGCGAUAUCGUAAACCGCUUAAUCCAAUAUGGCAAGGAUGUGAAAGGCGCCAAAUCCGAUAUGCGGAAACUCAGUGAAGAGUUAUUUGCAUUGCGAGGAAUCCUUGAUCAUUUAUCAGCCCAGAAAUCAUUAGAGCCGCCGGCAUAUCAAGAAGUCGAGUCCGAGAGUUCCAUACCAUCCAACGAGGAGGUCAUGAUUCGAGUAUUACAAACAACGAAAGAAUUCCUCGACUCGUUAUUGAAGGAUCUUGAGCCGGCCGAGUCAAAGUUAAAAAAUAUUAAGCAGAAGCUGGAAUGGCCUUUCACUCAAGAGAAAGUCAAUGCUCAUCUGACCCGGUUGGAACGGGUGAAGUCAUGGUUGAUUCUAGUUCUGACUGCAGAUCAUGCGGCUGUCGAGCGAGACCUGCAGCAGGAGAUAGGAAAUUUGGCUCGAUCGUUGACAGAAGAUAUGAGAAUUCGAGAACGGGAACGAAUCCAGAUCGCUAAUCGGGAGCUUUUUCAAUGGAUGGCGCCUGUCAGCCCGGCUAAUUACCAUUUACGAGCGACUCAAGCAUCAAAGAUCGCAUCGGGGAAAUGGUUUAUUGGAAGUCAUCUCAAGCACUGGUUGCGCUAUGGAAAACGGAAUAUGUUCUUUCUGGUUGGGAAAUCUGGUACUGGAAAAACCACUUUAUUUGCUCAAUGUGUUGAUGAACUUACCUUAAUGGCCGCACAAAAUCCAAAUCUCAGCUUCGCAUACUUUUACUGCACGAUGAGCGAUGCAGCGUCUCAGAUCCCGGUCAAUAUUCUGGGAUCGUUGAUAGCUCAAUUAUCAGGGAGUGAUGCAUCGAUUCUUGACAAUAUCCGAUCUCUUUAUGACAGUAUCCCCAAGUCCCAGGCCCACAAGCGCCCGGUGGACAUUGCUGUCCUCGAAGAUGCCAUUAUUAAAUAUGCCAGUGGUCAAACCCAGGUGGUAAUUUUCAUUGACGCGAUUAAUGAAAGCCAUGAUCCAAGGAACAUUGAGAGCUCCCUCCUAAGAUUCGCUGAGCUUGCGACGAAUAUUCGUGUUUUGGUCACAACAAGUUCGACAAUGGUUCUUCCGCAGGACUCAAAGGCAGACAUGCUUAAUAUCAGCGCAGAUAUGAUGUCAGGCGACAUCCAAGCAUACAUAAAUCACCGAGUUGAGACAGAUGAUACCAUGAGAGAUCUGAAACCAGAGUUGAAGUCUGAAAUCCGAGAAAAGCUGCUGAAAGAUGCCGAUGGAUCCUUCCGUUGGACACAGCUCUCUAUGGACAACUUGUGCACUCAAAGAACCGCAAGGGCAAUGCGCCAAGCUCUCCAGAACCUGCCAGGAACUCUGCGGGAGAUAUAUGCGAGCGCAUUGGAGCGCGUCUCUAUAGACGACAGAUAUUUUGUGCGCGAAGCUCUGUUUUGGGUUUGCUUUGCACAAGAUCAAGUCUUCGCGAACAGGUAUCUCACACUGGAGGUGAUUAACGAGGCGGUAGUGAUAGAUGAGGAAUGUUCCACUCUGGACGAAGACAUGAUGCUGGUCCCACCUCAUAUUCUUCUCGACCUCUGUCAAGGCUUCAUUGCACAGGAUAAGUCUGGCUUUGUGACGCUCGCGCACUCAUCCAUCAAAGACUUCCUCACAUCCGAUUGGAUCAAGUCUUCACGCGUGAGCUACUUCAGUCUGGAUCCGACUACUGCCAAUGCCAUAAUGAUGCGAAAGUGCCUCACCUAUCUUUGCCUCCAUAACUUCAAAUGCGGAUACGCGCCCAAAAGCGAUGUAUACACAAGGUUCAAAAGAUAUAAGGGUCUUCACUAUGCAGCCUUUACAUGGCCUAAAUAUGCUGCAGUUGUCAAGAUUGGAGAUGUGGAGAGAAGCCUAGUAAAGAAAUUUUUCGAUACCAGACAUCUCCCCCGACAAGGGAACUUUGGUGCUUGGAUGCAGACCCUGAUGCCCACGGUUAACGAAGCCACUAUUGCGGCGACCCAUCCCUUGUAUUAUGCAGCAUCCUGGGGCAUGAACUCGGUUAUCAAUAUGCUUCUUGAGGUGGAUCCGGAUAUUGAUAUCAAUGCUCCAGGAGGACGUGUAGGUGCAACUGCUGUCUUCGCCGCGGGUAAUCGUCAAAACUUUGACACAGUUGAAUUGCUUCUACGGGCAGGAGCAGACCCAACAAUCCACGAUCCGGAAACGUGUUACAAUGUGUUUGACCUGUCGUUGAUGUCGAAAUGGUCGGGUCUUCGAGAGCCACUGAGUAAUUGGUUAUCCGAUCAGGAUCCCGAAAUUCAGAAGAAAUACCGCCAAUAUAAACCUUACCGUUUGUGA